CCAUUGCGAGCCGGUCAUUUCUUCGGCAUUCGUGAACUACCCCGGCUACGGUUCGGUUCGAUCCUCUCCAAUCCAAGUCCCAUUAGUUUUAUUGAAUACUAAAGUUAUUCCUUCGGGCGUACGCAAUUAUCAUCCAGAACAACUCCAGGAAACACCACCGAAUUACGUGACCAUACCGGUGAGAAGUCGAAUGCUAAUCACCGCAUCGCAGCUCAUCUAAGUCCGCACUUGAGACGACGCGACGACGACGACCUGCCCAGCGGCGGAGAAGAAAGAGUGACCAAUCGCCACCGAACAGUGCCAAGGAUUGGCAAUGAGAGUGCGUUCGAUGACCCCUGUCUUUCCAGUCGCGGUGCUUGCGCUCUUUGCGAGCCUAUGGCACCUGGCGCUGGCCCAACAAGUGCCUUACUACAUGCACCGCUGCGAACGAGAUGAUCCCCAAGUGAACGACUGUCUUCGAUUUGCUGCAAAUAAGCUGACGCACCAUUUGCGGGAUGGCGGCAUUCCGGAGAUCGGCAUUGUUGACGUCGAACCAGUGGUAGUGGACGAGAUCAGCAUCGCCCUUGGCAGUGGACCCGAUGGUUACAGAGCCACCUUCAAGAACAUAGAAGCUUUUGGAGUUAGCAAUUUGACGUUCGUCAACGUACGAUCCGACAUCGACUCGCUCCAAUUCCAGAUGACGAUCGAUAUUCCGAAGAUCAAGGCGAGAGCUCAGUACAAAUCUUCCGGAGUUCUUCUGCUGCUGCAGGCUUCCGGGGCCGGCGAUUACUGGGGAGAAUAUGAUGGCGUCAAAUCGAAGAUCUACAUCAAAGCAUCACCUUAUCAAGGUGACGAUGGGCUAACCUACCUCACAGUGGACCAAACCAAGAUGGACUUCAGCGUCAAGGACAUCAAGAUGGGUGUUGAGAACGUUUCCAACCAGAACGCAAUCAUUCACGCCGCAAUGAAUCUCUUCAUCAAUACAAACGCCCAAGAGCUGCUCAAAGAGAUGAAGCCUCAGCUGCGAUCAAAGCUGACCGAGCAUUUGCAUGACUUCAUGCAGCGGCUGUUCGACAGAAUACCGUUCGAGUACUGGCUCGAGUGAAGGAAACGCUAGCUGGCAGCGGUGCGAAUUUCAAACUUACUCACUCACCUCUCAUCAAAAUUAGGUUUAGGAUUUAUGUUUAUUUUUGUUUAUUUAUCUCGAUUCAUCAAUCAUUCAGAUUUUUGCAUUAAGUAUUAAGUGUGUAGAGUUGCGUCCAACUGUGAAGUAAAAUGUGCGUUGUCAUGUUUUCACAUCUUUACUUGACAAACACUGUUUGUAUUUUAGUGGACGCAAACAACGCCGUAUAAGAUAGAUGAAAAUGCGAACGCACUUUUCGUCCACUGUGCGAGUAAUUAAAUAUGGGAUCAUAGUUCCAGUCGAA